ACUCCCUCUUAAUAUCUCCAGCCUGAGAUCCAAGAGGAGAAGAGACAGAGCAGCUGAAGCACACACUAUACACACAUACACUAUAAGUACACCCACAAGUACAUUGACCAAAAGAAAGAUUUUCACACACACAUACACAUACUCACAGAACACACAUCUACACACUGGAAACACACAUUCACAUACAGCAACACCCUCUGAUACCGUCAGACAUCUGAAGUGACCCUUGAGAGAGAGAAAGAGAGGACUUUACUGCCUAGACAUGCUGAGGGGGACACUUCUCUGGGCUGGCCUGAUGGGAUUCUAUGUCAUCAUCACCCAGUGUCCAGCCUCUUGCCAGCUGAGCGAGGACGACGCAGAGACCCUCGUGGAGCUGCACAACAGCUACCGUGGCCAGGUGGUGCCCAAUUCCACCUACAUGCAUAAAGUGAAAUGGGAUGAGAAUCUGAAGAUCAUAGCUGAGGGCUAUGCUGUGAAGUGUAUAUGGGAGCACAACCCGGAUCUAGAGGAGCUGAACAUGGGAGAGAACCUGUUUGUGUCCAACGGACUCUUUGACCCCAACAUUGCCAUGGAGAAGUGGUUCCUGGAGCACCUAGACUACGACUACAACAACAACAGCUGCCAGGAUAAUAAGAUGUGUGGACACUACACUCAGAUGGUGUGGGCGGACUCUCACUCAGUGGGCUGUGCUGUUCAUCGCUGUGACACCAUGGAGGGGCUGUCCUUUGAGAAAGCCACCUUCCUAGUCUGCAAUUAUUACCCAGCAGGUAACUUUAAUGAUGAGAAACCCUAUGAGGAAGGUGAAUGGUGCUCCAAGUGUCCAGACAACCUGCCGCGAUGUGACCAGAACCUCUGUGUGCCUGAUGCCCCUGAGCUUACAGAGGAGCCUGAUGUAGAGAAGGAGACAAUGGACAGCUCUCCCCCAGGCACUGAUGAGCCCUCCACACACACAGCCACAGCCACCACCACAGCCACAGCCACAGAGGACACACCGCCAUCACCACCGAGGACACAACCAGACUACUCUUCAGCCCCUGAGCCAACCAUGGCUGGCAGAGAGGAGACAGGCACAGAGCCUGGGGAUGAGGAGGAGGAGGAGGAGGAGGAGGAGGAGGAGCAGGAGGAGGAGGAGGAGGAGAAGUGGGAGGGGGAGGAAAGAGCUACAGAGAGGGAGAAGGACAGUACUAGGGAACAACCUCCGUCCAACGCAGGAAGUGUUUCUACUUCCCUACUUCUGGUUACUAGCUUGAUGCCUUUACUGUCACUGGGAUUGUGAGGGAGUUGCAUGAGGGAAAAGGUAU